CGCAUAUAUAUGUAUGUAUGUGUAAUUAGAAAGAAUUUCACACACACGCACACACCAGUCAGCAAAUAUAUUGAAUUAGAUUGUUGCGGCAAGCAGAAAGCAUACAUAUGUGUUAUCAGAACUUUUUACGUGCACAGUCACACAACUGAACCAACAGCGGCAACAUAUUCGUGCUGUGGUAUCUGUAGAAUUGCUAGCACAGCCAGUUGAUGAGUUGCUAUCGCGCUAAACGGUUGUCUUGCCAGUGUUUUACAAAUUUACGUUGCGUUCGAUACGCCGACUUCGACUCCGACGUGUAUUGGCGGUGACGCUUCAACAUACAGACCAAUCAACUAAACAACCAACUUAUUUAGUUUACUAAUAAAUCAACAAUAUUGAAAGGAAAAAUUCUUACGCUAAUUAACGCUUGUAGAUGUGUGUGCGCCGAAAACAGAAAUUAAAACGUUUGCGUACACAAAAGAAAUUAUCUGAAAAUAUAGAAUUGAAUUGAAGCGUUUAAUAAAAGUAAAUUGAACUAAAUUGCGUACAAAAGGAAGUGAUGAAUUAGUGAAAAGUUUUUGCAAAUAUUUUACUAAGUAGCUGAAAGCAAGCUUGUGAUAGACAUACAUACAUACGUAACAUACAUAUAUGUAUACAAAUUAUUACAUACAUAUGUGCGAUUAAGUUGAAUGCCGUAUAAUUUAAUUCUAACGCAAGUGAUACCUAAUAUAUAUAUAUAUAUAUAUAUAUAUAUAUGUUAUUUGACUAUAUCAUUUUUUUGUGAUUUAAUAAAACUGUAAUUCCUGCAAAAGCAAAUGCAUAUAUUUACGUUUUAAGUGCAAGUUUAAAAUUUUAAAAACGAAACCAAAUAAUUUCAAAUAACAUGGCAGCUGUGCAAACCAUCGAUCAAAUUAAGCUGGGCUUUAAAAUGGUCGACUUCAAAGUACAACAGCGACGCUUUCGCACCAAUGAAAAAACAAUUGUCAGCACCAUAUAUGGACCCGUGAAAGGUGUUAAACGUAAGUCCAUAUAUGGUGAUUCAUAUUAUAGUUUCGAAAAAAUACCCUUUGCCAAGCCACCAGUGGGUGAGCUACGCUACAAAGCACCACAGCCGCCAGAACCUUGGAUAGAAGUGAAAAGUUGUACGUCGCGUGGUCCCAAGCCACUACAAAAACAUUUUGUAUUCCAAAUGACAGAUGGCUCAGAGGAUUGUCUCUACCUAAAUGUUUAUUCAAAGAAUUUAAGUCCGGAUAAACUUAGGCCGGUCAUGGUGUGGAUUUAUGGUGGCGGCUUUCAGUUUGGUGAAGCUUCACGUGAACUUUAUAGUCCGGACUAUUUGUUGCGCGAAGAUGUUGUCAUUAUUUCAAUAACCUACCGGCUAGGACCCUUCGGCUUUCUUUGCAUGGAUAAUCCCGCUUUCGAUGUGCCUGGCAAUGCCGGUCUCAAAGACCAAGUGAUGGCACUACGUUGGGUUAAAGCAAAUUGCGAACGUUUCGGUGGCGAUAGCAAUAAUAUAACAAUUUUUGGAGAUAGCGCCGGCGGUGCAUCGGUACAUUACAUGAUGAUCACCGAUCAAACGCGGGGACUAUUUCACAAAGCGAUCUCUAUGUCUGGCAAUACAUUAUCGCCAUGGGCAGUUACGCCACAACACAAUUGGCCAUAUCGCCUAGCUGUGGCUGCUGGUUAUACGGGAGAAGAUAUUGACCAGGAGACUUUUGCUUUCUUACGCAAAGCAAGAGGUGCCGAUAUAGUUAAGGCUAAUGAAGACUUAUGUUCCGACGAAGAGAAACGUGAACGUAUUGGAUUUUCCUUUGGCCCAGUAAUCGAGCCGUAUGUCACAGCUCAUUGUGUGGUGCAUAGAAAACCAAUUGAAAUGAUGCGUACUGCAUGGAGUAAUCAUAUACCGAUGAUUAUUGGUGGCGUGUCGAAUGAAGGAUUAUUGUUAUAUUCGGAAACGAAAACUAAUCCCAAACUACUUAAUGAACUCGGCGACUGUCGCUUUGUGAUACCACUCGAACUCGGCAUGGAUCGUGAAAGCGAAUUGUGCAAAGAAUACGGCAUGCAAUUGAGACAAGCGUAUUAUGGCGAUAAAGAGCCCAGUUUAGAAACUUUACACGAGUAUCUAUUGAUGGUUUCACAUGAAUACUUUUGGUUUCCCAUCUAUCGCUCAGUAUUGUCGCGUAUGACUUACGCCACAGCCCCCACCUAUUUGUAUCGUUUCGAUUUCGAUUCGAAGCAUUUCAAUCACCUGCGUAUACUCAGCUGUGGUAAGAAGGUACGCGGCACAUGUCACGGCGAUGAUCUCUCCUAUUUAUUUUAUAAUUCUGUUGCGCGUAAGCUGAAAAAUCAUACACGUGAGUACAAAUGCAUUGAACAGCUUGUGGGUAUGUGGACACACUUUGCCGCGCACUCGGAUCCCAACUAUGAUUCAGAACAUGCUGACUUAUGGCAACCAGUAUCGAAAGCCGCUGUGGAGAAACGACAAUUAAAGUGCCUUAAUAUAUCCGAUGAAUUGAAAGAGAUCGAUGUGCCAGAGUUAAAAAAAUUGUUAGUUUGGGAGAACUUCUACAGUCCUGAUCAGCUUAUAUGAAUACUGGAGACAAUGGCUUAAUUAAUGGCUUUGGAGACAUACUUAACUUAUUCUGAACCUUUUUUAACAGACACUUUUCAUAAAGGAUUUGUGUUGCCAAAUCAAAUGUUUGUAGUGUUAGCAAAGAAUUCAAUUUCAAAGACGAAGCGUAAAAGGCCAAUUUGUUAUGAGAAGUUUUUGUUUUCUUUGUAAAUUUUUAUAGAGCUUGAAAGCAUUUAAGUAACUUUUCUAUACUUGUAGUAAGCCAGUAUAUAAGAUCAACAUAUCUUAAGAGCUUGCAGUAAGUGUUGCUAACAUUAAAGACAAUGUAUUAUAUCAAAUAAUUAUAGUUUUAUAGAUCUAGAUAAAUGUUAUUAAAAUAAAAGCUGUUUCCUUAAGCAACUUACGAAAGACAAAGCCUAAGCUUGCUAAUAUAAAACAUUUUUAUCGUAACAUACAAAACGCUAAAAAAACUGUUAAAAUUGACGCUACAAAUGUACCACCAAUUUUGUAAAUGUUAUCAAUAUAAACUGAAAACUGAUGUAUUCUAACUGUAACAUAUAUUUUGAAAUAGUUUAUAAAAAUAAGAACGUCUUGAAUAUUGCUUCGAAGUUCAUAUUUUAGAGCAUCUAAAGUUAUUUUUUGUAACUUUUGUAAAUAUAAACAUUUAAGUGAAACUCAACAACAGAAAUUUUUGCAAAUUCACGAUAUUUUUAAUAAUUUUGCCAGCAAAAUUGUUUCAGUAAAAGCUUUAAAUCUUUAUUAAACAUCAAAACAGUGAGUAAAACUAACAAAUGUUUAAAUAUUAGCUAAAAGCUUGUGCACAUAUUGCAUUAUACCUGAAGCUUUGAAUGCAUAUAAUUCGUAACAACAUAUUUUACAUUAAAUUCGAUCACAUUUCAUUUCACAGACAUACUUGUAUUUAAAAUAAAAUGAUACAAAUAAUAUUAUGGUAGUUACAAUGCAGCAAACGUAUUUUUUACAGUCCUCCAAAUUGAAAAGUUACGAAGCUUUCAGAGCUUUUAGAGCUUUUAGAGCUUUCAUCCAUGCGUGUUAUUUGUAUCGCUUUGAAAGUGUAAAAUAUUUUUGAAAGCUAAGGAGCUUUUCAAAAAGACGUUUUAGAACUCAAAAAUGUUAUUUAGUAGCUAAUUUUUAUUUUACAAAUGAAAAAUAAUUUUUACCGGAUUAAAGCGAACAAAGUUUGAGGGAAAACAACAAUUUUUUAGUGUUUGUCUUGUUUCUAAUUUUUAUACAAUAAAAGCUCGUAUAUAAAGUUUCACAGGGUUCUAUGAACAAGGAUUUUCAACGUUAUAUUUACUUGAAAAAUUACGAGAAAAAAACACAAACAAUAAAAGUAAUAAUAAUAAAGCAAACUAUAAACUUGAAAUGUCACCGGAAAUAGAAGAAAAUGUAUAUUUAAAAUAUAUUUGCAAAAACUUAAAUGCCAGUUAAUUACAUAUGUACCUAGGUAACUCAAAACAAAAGUACCUUUUUAUGAAAAUGUGACAUUAUAUGUAAUGAACAAAAUGUGAUUUUUAGAGUCAACUAACCGGAAAAAAAAUGGCAACUCUACAACAAUGCAACGGAAGAAGAAAUAAAUCAAAAUUUUAAAUUUACAUUGCUAGCCACCCAAACUUAUGGACUGUCUUCUAGCUCAAAUGUACAUCUCAUAUAACUAAGCCUACAACUUGGGUGUCUACAAUACGAACCUUAACUUACAGAAGGCUAGAAAUUUUAUUCAGGAAAAGGUUGUGUCGCUGAUCACACUAACUAAAUACAAACAAACAUACAAAUUCCAUGUGCAAAAAGCUUCCUUUAUAAGAUAUGUAUGUUAAUGUAUAUUUAAAUUAAGUGAAUAAAAUUAAAUAAUAGUUACAAAUAAAAAUAA